UUUUUCCUGCAAAGACAAAUUAGAACCCACAUCUACUGUGAAAAUCAAGGUGCUUUGAACUGAAAGUUGCUUAAGAUUAUAUAUAUAUGUAAACGUACAUAAGCAUUAAAGUUUUAUCAACAAAGUGUACCUAAGUAAGUAUCAAUAGAAGUAUUCAUUAUGUAGCAUGUUUUUUUGAGCGCGUUAUUACAGUAUAGUUUUUGAUGCAUUAUGCAUUAUAUUAAGAUUAUAUUAGGCUAUGUUCUGCAUGAAUGUUGAAGGAUCAGUAAAUAUUUUACUCUCACUUAUAGGGGAAUAGAGGUACAAAGUACAGUCAAUUGGAAAUACUAAAAAAAUACAGUAAAAUACAAAUAUCUAGUAUUGUAAGUGCGGUCAACCCUUACAUACAGCUUAGAUGGUCCACUUUGUUACGCAGUUAAAUGCAACUUUCGUGCGUCAAUUUAUCUUUUAUUUUGAAGGGUUAAACCGGAAGUUGUCUUGUAGCACUCAAGAUAACAUGAUUUCUAGAGUUACUUCCGGGAUCCGCUAAUGACCAAGUUGUAAGUGUUGCCGUCAAAGGCUCUUAUCUAUGAUUUUAAAACUUUAAAAUAAAAAAAACUUUUCUCUAUAAAAGCCGAGAGGUGCACCAUCAGCUUUGGCUCAAACCAGUCUGGUCAGGACCGUACUUCCUUGUUUAGGAAGUGUGAACCACUGUGAACUUUUGCUUUAACGUUAGUUAACUAUUAGCCGCGGAAGUAACUUAAUUUGGCAAGAUGACACGGACUGAGCACUUUAAAAUGAUCUUUCAAAUUUUCAAAGACGUGGCUCCUGUCCUCACGAGUGGGAUUCUAACAGUGGUGCUCGUAUCGUGUGUUUUGUUUGGUAUCCAAACAUAUUUCAACUUCACACAGGGUGUCUUCAGUGUUGGUGCCACUGUUUUUCAAAAUGGACACCUCCACAGACUCUUGGCCUACCCUUUUUACCACAAAACCCUCGCUCAGCUUAUCUUGAACAUUAUAGUCCUGGCGUUUCUCAGUGGCAGCGUGGAGAAAGGUGUCGGUACUGUCCGCUUCCUGUUCCUGUUCUUCCUGCUGUCGACCACCACAGGCUUGUUUUACAGCUUCGUGGAUCUUAUGCAGGUUGAUGGCAACCACAGUCACGCAGAGGGGCUGGUUCCUGUGGCCCUUGCAUGUGUGGCUCUAACUACCAUGCACACAAGAAUGACAAAAGGUUUCCUGUGUGGAGUCAGCUUCCCCACCAUGGCUCUGCCCUGGGUGUUCCUCAUAAUCACCACUGCCCUCGUUCCUCACAGUGUGCUCCCCUGUAACGUCAUCGCAAUCCUGGUUGGAGUGAUGUAUGGGAAAGGAUGGCUCUCUCUUAUGGACCUGUCUGAGGCCAGAGCUGGCAUUCUGGAGAAGAUGAUGCCUUUCAGGUUCUUGAGGAGCAUCAGUGGUGCCAUGUUUGUCCCCGCUUCCACAGAAGAGCGGAGGAAGACCCUCCUUCCACAAAUCAAUCCAACACCCGGGUCCUACCCGGUCCAGGCUUAUGCUCCAUUAUCCAGCAUCAAUAGUGCUGAUACCAUGGGCAAGUUUUACGAAGGCUGGCCAAAUUCGAUCAAUGCUCUGUCCAGUCCCACACCACCUAUCAGUCCUCAUCCUCAUGGACAUAGCUCAGCACAUGGCUUUGGACUCAGUCAUGGACAUGGUUCAGCACAUGGCUUUGGACUCAGUCAUGGACAUGGUUCAGCACAUGGCUUGGGACUAAGUCACGGACACUGUUCAGAGCAGAGUUUUGGCCACAGUUGCAACCACAACCAUAGUCAUGUUCAGCUAUAGUCAUGGUUAUUUAUUCAAUUGCUUUACAAUUUUCUAACCAUACAGAUAAGCCUUUUUCUGUCGAUACUCUAUUUUUGUACCUGCAGUGUCUGUUGUCACUCGAUUGUGUCAUCUACAAUGUCAAAUGCUCGGACACAUUGUUAAUUGAUGGUUUUAUAUUAGGCUUUUACAGUAUUUGUGGAGUGUCUGCCUGCCUUUUUAAUUAAAUGGCAUUUCUCUGAAUGUUUUAAUGUUACGGUGACUUUUGUACCUUUUGCCCCUCAUUAUUAUUUUUUGAAAUAAAUGUAUUAAACUCACAUACACACAAA